AUGGGAGGCCGUUCGCCGCCCCCCCGCCCCUCACCGCGGCCUGCCCCGCUCUGUCGCCGGCGGCGACACGGCGAGGUGCGCCCCGUCCUGUCCCGCCCGGCACGGUACAGCCCGGCCCGGCGGGGGAGCCCGCGGCUCCCCGGCCCCAGCCCCGGCCCCGCCCGGCGCGGCGGGGCGCGGCGCUGCGGCGGGUGCCGGUGCAGCCAUUGUGUGCGCUCCCGCCGGCCGCGCCCGCCGCAGCCUCGCGCCUCGCUCCCGACCCCCCCCACCCCGCUGGGCGGCCGCAGCGCCACCCCGGGCAGGGUGAAGCGGGGCCGGGGGCAGCCAGGAUCGGGCGGCCGCUGCCCUCCCGCCUGCACACCGCUCCGGCAGAGCCGCGGUCCUCGUAGGGCAGAGCGGGGCGGUGCCGCGGGGGGCCCCGGCACCGCGUCCCCUGCGGCAGGGCUCCCCCGGCCCCGCCAGCAGCUGCGGGAGCAGAGCUCGGGAGGGCAGCCCCGAGCACCGCUGGCACCCCUCGGCUCUUCACAAAGGAAGCAUGGAGUACCGUGUACAGGUACUCUUACCAGCACGCAACAACAGGAAAAUCAGUUUCCAGAUUUCAUGAUGAUUCUUCAGAACUUCAGUGAAACUAUUACUGGAAAUGUACAUGUUCCGGCAUUGGAAGAGAAAACCAAGCAACCUUGUUUAAUGCCUUCUGAAACAACCUUGAGAAAUGAACCUCAGGUAAAAGUAAGACAAGGAAGGAAUUCUUUCAAAAUCAUGAGUUUCAUUUUAAAAUGUUAGCAUACUUCAAAAUAGG